GGGAAAAGCUCAUGCGAUUCGGCUACCCAGAUAUUCACUUUGAUAUGAACUUAACGUACGAGAAGGAGGCUGAGCUGAUGCAGUCUCAUAUGAUGGACCAAGCCAUCAACAAUGCAAUCACCUACCUUGGAACUGAGGCCCUUCACCCUCUGAUGCAGCACCCGCCAAGCACAAUCGCUGAGGUGGCCCCAGUUAUAAGCUCAGCUUAUUCUCAGGUCUAUCAUCCAAAUAGGAUAGAAAGACCCAUUAGCAGGGAAACCUCUGAUAGUCAUGAAAACAACAUGGAUGGCCCUAUCUCUCUCAUCAGACCAAAGAGUCGACCCCAGGAAAGAGAGGCCUCCCCCAGCAAUAGCUGCCUGGAUUCUACUGACUCAGAAAGCAGUCAUGAUGACCACCAGUCCUACCAAGGAAACCCUGCCUUAAAUCCCAAGAGGAAACAAAGCCCAGCUUACAUGAAGGAAGAUGUUAAAGCUUUGGAUGCCACCAAGGCUCCUAAGGGCUCUCUUAAAGACAUCUACAAGGUUUUCAAUGGAGAAGGAGAACAGAUAAGAGCUUUCAAGUGUGAGCACUGCCGAGUCCUUUUCCUAGACCAUGUCAUGUACACCAUUCACAUGGGUUGCCAUGGCUACCGGGACCCACUGGAAUGCAACAUCUGUGGCUACAGAAGCCAGGACCGCUAUGAGUUUUCAUCACACAUUGUUCGAGGGGAGCACACAUUCCACUAGGCCUUUUCAUUCCAAAGGGGACCCCUAUGAAGUAAAGAACUGCACAUGAAGAAAUACUGCACUUACAAUCCCAUCCUCCCUCAGAUGUUGACAUACCUUUUUUUUUUUAAUAUUAUUACUGUCAAUAAUUCUUAUUUUGUGGACGCAGUGUCAUUUGCUCUGCCUAAUUACAAUGAGGAAGUAACA